AUGGCAAGCAAUAUCACCAACAUCAUUGUUAAUGUGUUCCCGGACCCCCGUCCACCCACCUCCGCCCAAUCCUCCCCAUCUCCCUCUGCCUCCGGGACCAAUCGGUCCAUGGGCCAGCAGUUGGUGGCUUCACCGGGCUUUUGGGCCCUUAUGAUUGUUGUCGCCGGAUGCCUUGCUGGCGCUGGCUAUUUUUUUUGGAGGAGGCCAGCCUCCAAGAGCGUGGACAUUGAGGGUACCCCCCUCAAAGACAUCAGUGUGGGCGAGCAGCCCAAGCAGACCAGCGAAGAAAUCCACACAGUGGAUGAUGUCGAGGCCCAUCCGCCUCUUGUGACCCCCAAGACUCCCAAGACCCCCGCGCCCCCCAAGACCCUCAAGACUCCCGAGGCCCCCGCGCCCCCCACCACACCCAAGAAGAAGAUCCCGAGCUACGCAGAAGUGGCCAGCGCCACUACGACGACGCGCAAUGUAGCACACGGGAUAGAGAAGGGGCUGUCAAUCUCGGUAUGCUGA